AUGUAGAGAACGGCAGUGGAGUGAUGAUGAGGAGGGGCCAAGUGGUGAAAGGGUCCGGGUUAUAAAGGGACGUGGUCCGACUGCCACGCCACAUCGCACCAUCCGCUCCUGUCUGCACCUGAGGACUAAAGGCAGAAAUAAGGCAACAUGGACGUGAGUACCACUUUAAAUCCUCAGAUGUCAACGUUGCAUUCUGAUGCUCUGUGUGGCAGCUGCACGCCCUCUGGUUCUGCCCCACAGCCUAACGGCCUCUGGCCCAGCCUCCCGCAGUCUGGACCGGGUUUCCCCACGUGGUCGGGGCAAGCCGUCCAGUCUGCACCAUGCUGGCCCGGACAGCCCAGCUCUCCCUGCUGGCCCGGGACGCAAACAGCCCCAGUGUCCGUCCCCGCGCCUAUUUCAGUCCCAGCGCCAGCUCAAGCCGUGACACCAGCCCCCGCGCUAACUACGACUAUGGUCCCCGCUCCAGCACCGGUUCAGGCCCCAGCUCCUGCUCCGGUGCAGCCCUGCCAACCGUGCUGGCCCGGCACCCAGUACCAGCCUCUGCAGCCACCAGCCCCCAUGCAAGCUCAAGUCCCCUAUCAGACUCCAACCCAAGUCCCCUAUCAGACUCCAACCCAAGUCCCCUAUCAGGUCCCGGCUCAAGUUCCAGCCCAGGUUCCAGUUCAAGUCCCCACUCAGGUUCCAGCUCAACUUCCAGUCCCUACUGGUCCUGCUGCAAGCAUGCAUCCAAACGUCCCGGGUUGGCCAGCCCACCCCGGCUGGCCCUACAACCCGGGACAGUCAGGGUGGCCUGGACAGAAUCCCUCCAUCAUCCCUCCACACUGGCUGCCCCCUACAUCUGGACCACUGAGUGUCCCAUACAACCUGAACCUGGCCCGUGGAGUCUAUGACAAGAUGAUGAUGACCAUCUUGGCCCAAGUGAAACCUAACGCUAAGAUGUUCACAAUCAAUUUCCUGCGAGGUAACGACAUCGCCUUUCACAUCAACCCUCGGUUCAACGACGGGGGGAAACAGGUGGUGGUCCGUAACCACAAAGUGGGGGAGCGCUGGGGUGCCGAGGAGCGGGACCUGAAGGGGCCGUUCCCAUUCGCCCUUGGGAGCCCUUUUGAGAUGAAGAUCCUCUGCACUCCUGAGACGUUCAGGGUGGCGGUGAACAACAUCCCGCUGUUCGAGUUCCGGCACCGCGUGCGAGAGCUCAACCAGAUCGACCGGAUCAACAUCCUGCACGACGUCGUCCUCACCUUCGUCAAUGUGGAGACACUUCCGUAGACGUCACGCCGCUGCUCGUGCAGCAUUUGUAUUAUUUAUGACUGCAUAAAGAACAGACACGUGUAGUCACAUAUAAAAAAAUGUACCACACACUGUUUAAGUGGUGCUAAUAGAUUCAUAAGUCAGUAAUAUAAUAAUAAUCAUGAGCUGAGCUCACCACUAACCUUACAUAGAGUAAUACAUUAUACAUGGUUUGAGUUUUUCACUACUGCUAUUUAUUGUGUACGAAAUUAAAAUGACUACUAAUAACGAACAACACAUGUAAACCAAAAAUAUGAGUCAGAAAUAAAUGAUUAUAUUCAUUGUCUCAAA